CCUGAAACAUCUGAUCAAAGUAUUGAUGGAAACAGCAUUACAGAAAGAAGACAAGAUGACGUACCACCCCUGGCACAUCAGGUGUACUUGCCUGUCAAAGCACCAACUGUACGGUAUGUGCCUCAUAGUGGUUGGACCCGUUACAGGUCAGCUGUGCGGUCCCUGGUUCCAUUCAGAAGGAACAGCAGAUCUGCACAUGGCCUUCCUGUGGACAAAGUGGGCCUGUUCUCAUAUGCUACUUUCAGCUGGCUGCGAAGCACUGUGAACAAGAUAGAUGAGUGUAACGUUCCCACGUGUUCACCACUUGACUCCUGUGAUAUCAACGGAGAGAGACUGCGUUACAUCUGGAGGGAAGAGGGAGUGAGCACAGGACAUUUGGGCUCAUCUUUAUUCACUGUGAUGUGGAGGUUUGUGAAAACACGCGUGAUCAUCGCUGCCCUCAUCUACAUCUUGGGACUGACAUUCAGCAUUCUAGGGCCUGUUAUUUGUCUGCAAGGUUUCCUGUUUGCCCUGAAAGGAAGCAGAAAUAUCAGUGAUUAUAACAGUACCAAUAAAACAGUGAGUGAAGACAGCAACAGUGUCAUGAAGAUACAGGCGUUUAUAUGGGCCGUGGGUUUGAUUGCUACCGAAUUGGUUUCUGUGUUGCUAGUUGCCUGGAGCUGGAGCAUCAUUUGUAGGACUGCGAUGCGAUUACGCUCAGCCAGCAUGGCUCUCAUCUACAACAAGCUAGUGCACCUUUCCAAUGUGAACACCAUCUCUUCACAGCAGAUGGUCACUCUGCUGGGGAUAGAUGGACAGAAACUCCAUGAGACAGUGUUGCAUGGUUUUUACAUUAUCACAGCACCAAUUGUGUUUCUGUUCUGUAUUUUGUCCUUUAUCUUCAUUUUGAGCAGCACAAAUUGUGAUACACUGAUGAUAAUGUCUAUAUUUAUUCUCACGUUUCCUCUGUUGUGUAUGUUGGUUCGGCUGGCCAGUAGCCUAAGUGCCAGAGCCACCGCACUCUUCACUCGACGGCUGGCACUCAUGUACGAGAUGCUGACUCACAUCAGACUUGUUAAAAUGACUGCUUGGGAGAGUAUGUUAUCCCAACAACUUACAGGGGCUAGACACCAGGAACUGGGUUUCAGAAAGAAACAAUAUCUCUGUGAUGGAUUCUGUACAUCUAUAAUACUAAUCAUACCAGUCAUGGCUUUUGUCGUGUUCCUGUCUUCCAGAAUGGAUUUACAUCUUGAAUCUUUUGAAGUAUUUCCAGUAUUGGCUCUGUUCUUUGGCCACAUGAAGGAUUCCCUUUUCUGGUCAUGGCUAGGAAUGAAGAGGGUUUUAGAUGUGUUUUCUUCAUUAGAGAAAUUUAAGAGUGUAUUGUUAUUGAACGAUGCAAACAAGUUUACUGAGAAGCCCAUAAAUCGUUUGAUGGCAGUAAAUAUGUCAAAUGCCUACUUUGUAUGGGGCAAUGUGGCAAUUCAACAAGAUGGCCAGAAAAAGAAUACAAAUAAAAAGAAGAAGAAGAAGAGGAGUGCUGAAUCAAGAAAGAAGCCUUUGAACAUAACUAUUGAGUUGGAUGAGGUUUCAGCAGAAGAUAAAUCUCAAGUGAAGCCCACACUAGUGGACAUUACUUUCCUGGCGCCAAAGGGUAAGCUGAUAGGUAUUUGUGGAGGACCCAAGAGUGGGAAAACUUCACUGCUUCUUGCUGUGCUUGGUCACCUUAACCAAACGUGUGGACAAGUGCUGCGAGAUGGAAACUGUGCCUAUGUUGGGCAGCAACCCUGGAUCUGGACUGCCAGUAUCAAAGACAACAUUGUGUUCAAGGAGCCAUUCCAACAUCAGAGGUACUAUAGAACUGUUCAUAGUUGUUUACUUACUGAGGACAUUGAUAAGCUUUCUCAUCAUGAUGACACGCUGAUUGACGAGAUGGGGCUGUCAACAGGGCAGAAGCAACGCAUUGCUCUGGCUAGGGCUCUCUAUUCCAACAGGGACAUAUACCUUCUGGACAACCCUUUGAGUAUGGUGGAUGUGGAUACAGCAGCAGCAGUUUUUGACAAGUGUAUCCUGAAAGCCCUCAAAGAUCGAACUGUCAUUCUUGUAACUCGUCAUGUCCAGUUCUUGACCCGCUGUGAUGAAGUUUACCUGAUGCAUAGAGGUAAGAUUGUUAAAUCAGGCACUCAUGAGUUGCUCUUGCAGCAGUGCCCAGAGUAUUCCAGUCAUAUCAAGACUUGCAUCUCUGACAAUGUCAAGAAGUAUUUUGUAGAUACUAGCCGGCGGCAUGAGAGUAUAUCUUCAAUGGCAGAAUUCAUCAGUCAAAAUAUAUAUCAUACUGACAGCACUGUGAAUGUUGGGUCCCUUGAAAAUGACACAAAAGAUGUAUGUCAUCUGGACAGCGUGCAUCUGGAAUCAAGUACUCCAGCAGGAGUUUAUUUGGCUUAUUUUCGAUCCCCAUGCAGCUAUUUGUGGGUCAUAGGCGGCCUGCUGUCAGGGUUCCUGUAUUAUGUGUGUCUGUUUGGCAUCCCCAUCAGCAUACUGCACAGUCAAUGGACUACAUGGAUGACUCAUAUUAAUGCAGCGUUGGUGAUAUUGAUGUGUGUCAGUGCCUUAGCGUGGAGCUUCUCGUUUACCACGGUUGUGGUAGGAGUAUCAAGGUGGGCCCAUGACUUUUGGUUUAAGAAGCUGUGCAGAGCUCCAGCGGGCUACUUCCAGGCUUCCCCUGCCAUGAUGUCUGUCCUUAACUUGUUUUCUCUAAAUGUGCAAGAGUUUGACACGAGACUUCCGCCGUCACUUCGUCAGGUGGUGGAGAGCACAAGCUUCUUGUUGUGUGCCAUCGUCGUGUUGCUGUAUAUCUCGCCUUACAGUUUUGCAGUAGUGCUCCUUGCCUUGUUGGUCAGUGCUGUUGUUCUGGGACAGCCUCACAGGAAGUGUUUAGUAAAGUUGCACGAAACAGAAGUGGCAUCACGUGUUCCACUGUACCAGCAUCUGGUAUCUACGGUAACAGGAAGAACUACUAUUCAGGCAUUCACCAAGGAUAAAGAUUUCAUUGCAGACUUUACUAAGAAAUGUGAUGAAAAUUCAACCUGUAACUAUCUGUUGAGUGCUGCAUCAUGUUGGUUGGGUUUCAGAGUGAAGGUCAUUGCAGCUAUAACAGUUGGUCUAGUGGCAGUUGUUCUGAUAUUCUCAACACCUGUCCUAUGGGUGGAAAACAUCUCAGCUGAUUGGAUCGCAGGUUUUGUGUUAGUGAUCACUAUGCAGUUGGGUGGCUGUAUGCAAUGUAUCCUGCAAUCAGUAGCUGAGUCUGAAGCAAGGCUCAAGAUAUUUGCAGAGUCCAGCUGCUGCAUACAGGGAAUGAGUAGUGAAGAGCAGACCAUCAAAGGAAAAUAUAAAAUGUUGCCUGCAGACUGGCCUACAGAUGGAAGCAUUACAUUUCAAGAUGUGAAGACAGUGAGUUCUACAAAUUCCUCACAAGUUCUUGAUGGAAUGUCUUUCGAAAUUAUGGCUGGGCAGAAAAUUGGUGUGCUGGGGCUUCCAGGUUCUGGAAAAAAGCUCCUGGUAGACACUUUGUUCCGCUUGGUAGAUGUAACACAUGGUAAGAUACUGAUUGGUGGUACAAAUAUAACCUGUGUGCCAUUGGACAAACUGCGGUCUAGUAUAACUAUUGUGCCCCAGGACCCUGUGCUGUUUGCUGGCACUAUCAGACUGAACAUAGAUCCACACAUGAUGUACCAUGACUCUGAACUGUGGGAGAGCUUGCAGAAAGUGAAUUUGCAGGAGUGCAUUGAAAGACUACCUCAACAGCUUAACACUCUUGUAGAUCGAAAUGGUGACAAGUUGUCGGUCAGAGAGCGACAGAUGCUGUACCUUGCCAGGGCCUGCCUCAGGGACACGAAGGUGCUUGUACUGGAGGAGCCACUGGCC